AUGAAUAAAUACUUGCACGAAUUCCAAUUACAAGUGAAUACGAAGCUACUGCCGACAAAAGCUCAAACUCCCAUACUUAAUGUAUUCAAAAAGAAAAACUUUACUAAAGUUGACCCCGAUCAAUCAGAGCCAGAACCAGAAUUUGAAUUUGAUAAUCCUACAAAAUCAAAGAUAAGUUGUAUAAGAUGUCGAAAGUUUAAGAAAAGAUGUUCUCGAGACUUUCCUGAAUGCACCAAUUGCGAAUCUUCUGAUGAGUUGUGUAAAUAUAUACCCAGGAAAGUAAGAUCUCCUACUGUACUUCCCAUAGACUCAAAGACAUACACUAUGAAGAGAAAUUCACCAGAACCAACAGGUUCUCCUAGAAAGAGACACUCACUACCGAAUCUUUCCAGUGUCUCAAUUGACAAGAAAAUAAUGCCUAACGACCUUAAUGCUAUAUUAAAUUAA